AUGGCGGCUGGAGGGAAGAAAGGACCAAACGCCUCCAACCUGAACUCCUCCUCCUCGCCCCUGCAGAGCGGGGCGGGUCACCAGGAAAAAACCCCAACCGCCCAGCGAAUAUCCUCGGCCAGGAUCCACAAGAUCAAAGAGCUGAAGAACGAAAUAUUCGACCUGCGAAAGAAAAUCGAGACGUGGAGCUUCGAGAACCUGGCUCUGAGGGAGCUGAACCGGCGGCACAGCAAGGCCAUGGAGCGGUACGGCAACACAGAGAGCCACCUGCAGGAGAUGCUGGCAGAGCAUCGCAGCGACGUGCGGCACCUCAGGAGCCUCCUGAAAAUGUCCCAGGAGGCCGAGAGGAACACGGCCAGGGAGCUGAAAAAGGUGGAAGCGGAGCUGAGGAGAACUGAAGGUGAUCUGAAGGCUUUGGCUGUGCUGUCGGGGGACAAAGCUCUGGCAGAGAAGGAGGAGCUGAGUCGCAGGUUGUCGGUGCUUAAUGAAACUUUGGAGGCAAAGGAUGAGAGGAUACAGAGUCUGGAGAUGCAGCUGAAGAUGAACAGCAGCACCUUUAGUCGUCAGCUGGCAAAUGAGAGCAGAAAACUCCUGGAAGCUACAAUGACCACAAAGAAGUUGCUAAUGGAAAUUAACACUGCUCACCAAAAAAUUAAGGAAAAGGAUCGGCAGCUCUAUGUCCAGAACAUUUAUGCAAAUCGGAUGCCAAAAGCCCUGAGGGACAGAAGUGAUUGGGUUCCUGAUGACCAAAGUCUGAGAGUAAACAGAUCAGUACAAGUAGAUAAAGAGAGUUUUAGAGAACUGCUGCUGUCUCAGCACCAGGAAACAGAACAAAAUCCAAUCCAGCAAGAAAAGGAGAACAAAGAUGAAGGUAAAGCAAAGGAAGUGUGCUCACAUGCCCGAGGUAAAAAGGAAAAGCAAGCAACCAAGAAAGUGCCAGAAACUUCAGACAGGACACACAGAGGGGGCAAACUGCUGAUGGAAGAAUGCAAAUUUUCAGAAUUUAUUAAAGAAAUGGAAAAAGAGACAGAGGUUCUUAAACAGGAGUUGAAAACGCUGAUGAAAUCUGAACGAAGUCCUCAAAGAGUAAAAAAGAACAAUCAAGAGAGAGAGGCAGUGGAAGAAGUUGAAAAAGAAGAGAAAAACCCCCAUGAGCAGCAAAAGAAGAAAGCCAGGAGUGAAGGUCCAAGUCCAAGCAAAGACCCCACCAGGCUGAAAAAAAAAUACAUUUUCUCAGGGGCUGUUGAGAAUUUCCACCAGAGGCUCCACACUUCAGGCAGUGCCAAUUUUGGAGGGGUCCUGGCCCCUUCCUUCCCUUCCUGCAGGGAGGAAAAGGCCCUGGAAUAG